AACAUCUUCCGUGGCUAAAGUUCAACAGUAUGGCAGAUUAUGGCAGCUUAGGUGAAGAUGCUCAAUGUUAUGUUGCCAUGCUGAAAUAUCAUGUUACUAUAUAAUAAUAAUAUACCACCUCAGUGCUUUAGGAUUUGACAGUAUGUUCAGUGCAGACGCUUAUUGUUAAUCAGUACUAAAGUUAGAUUUAAUCUUCAGAAUGUUGUGGGCUUUAUCAAGGAUUCAUGCUCCUGUAGUCCGUCUUCUCUCUCCUCGCGCUGCUCUUCUGCUCGAGACUGUCAGGGGGAGAAAAUCUCGCACAGACCCCAAAGCGAAGUCAAAAUUGGGACGGAUAAAGACCCCCCCUCCCGUGGAUCCAGUAGAAAUGGUUGUGCUGAAGGAGCGUUACACGGAGUACAAUCUGAUAUUAAGAGCCCUGCGCCUUGAGUUCAAGGAGCAGAUGUUGAGGAAGAAAUAUGAAGAGGAGGUUGGUUCUGUGGCAGAGGAGAGGACUAAAAGAGAGGCAGAAGAGCAUCGGUCCCUGAUGGCCUUGAAUGAUGCUGAAAACCUCCGAAUGCAUCAAAUACGAGAGCAACGCAUGCAGAAAGAGGCUGAGGCCACAGAACUGAAGAAGAGAGAAGCAGACGUCUUACGACAGCAAGAGCUGGAGAACUACAUUAAAGAAAAAGAAAGACAGAUUCUUCGACUACAGGAAGAGGCGAAGGACUUCAUCACACUGGACAAUCUAGAUCAGCGGAUUGAAGAGGCUCUUGACAACCCGAAAAACUACAAUUUUGCCAUUGACAAAGAAGGACGUGUUGUCAAACGGACUCCGUUUCAGCAAUAAAUACAGGAUUCCAAAAACCAAAAUACCCCAUUAUGUACAUAAAAUAUAUACUGUCAGCAUCAUCUUCUGAACUGUUUCUCUAAACUUACCAACAUGAGUGCUUUGUUUCCUGUCCUCUGCAAGUAUUAUAAGGGAGUCACUGGAAGUAGUGAGUGUGUGCUUAUGUACUGUGUGUGUUUCAGAUACAUAUACAGUACCAAAGUCUCUUAGAAAUGUCAUGUUAGUAAGGUCUUCGCUAGUUAAAAUGGUUCAUGCAGUACAUGCAGGAGCUAAGAUCUUGUUUGACAUCUAAAAAAUGUCCAGUAAGGGAUACGGUUUGUGCUGAAUUAGUUCUGACUAACUUAAAUGAAGAACAGUAGAAGUGCCAAAAAAAAAAUGUAGCCAUAACUCCUCAAUACUAUACAGUACUUGUUAACAAGAGACUUUGGGUGUGCUCCCUUCAGAAGUGAUCAUUCCUGUGGCCUCCAUAGUAAGAAAGAAGGGUGUAGGGCUCCAAAAUAAUUGGCAGCUGUGGUUUUAACAAAAUGUGGAAUGUUAAUGUGUACUAUUUUUAAAUAUUUUGUUCCAGCAAUUUCAAUUAAUAUAUAUAAAGUGGAACAGAUCUGUGUGAUUAUUUUUCCCUUGGGUGAUGAGCCUGUUUGUGUUUGAGUCUAUGUGUUAUUUUCUAGUGUGUGUUCAGAAUGGAGCUGUGAUUACAGAAGGUUAAAUAUUCACAAUCCUUAUAUGAU